AUGCGGCGCGGAGCCGCGGCCCUGGCGCGGCGCCUCGCCGUUGACGUGGCGAGCGACUGCACCGGUCAGGCCGGGCUCGGGGGCCGUGCGGCGCGGGAUGCGCCGACGGCGUCGACGCGAUUCGUGUCGCACGUGACGUACCACCACGCAGCUACGCCUGCGCCGGGAGAAACGCUCACGGUAGAUUCGUUCGGGGCCAGCGUCGGCGAAACCCAGGGCGCGCAGCCUCCGUCGACCGACGCGGCUGCCAAGGCCGCAACCACGGUGCCGCACCACCCGCUCACCUUCAAGAGAUACCAAGGCAAGGUCGAUGCGGACAAGGCUCUGCGCGACACGCUGCCGCGGCACGUCACCCUGCGGGAGUUCUUCGGCAGGAAGCCCAAGGCGGCGAAAACACAAGCAAAGGUCCCCGAGCCAGAGCCGGUGGAGGGCGGCGCCCUCACGCCCGAGGAGCGGCGGAUGAUACGCGCGCAGAAGGAGGCCGCGGCGCACAUCACCGCCAUGAUGUUUCCGUGGGAGCGGCGGCAAAUGGGCGGCGGCGCGGACGGGGACGACCGGCGCCUCACGACGUGGGAACGGAUCUACUGGGCCCUGUUCGCCGCCGCCAUCGUCUACUUCGCGUACACCAGGCUCGGCCCGGACAACGAGCCGGACCCCAAGGAGGAGCGGGACCGCGCGACGGCGCUCGCUCGGCGGCGCGCUGCGCGUUCGAUCCUGGCUGGGAAAUGGCCGCUAGGGUUGCAGGUAGCCAACGGGGAGGAGGACCCGUUCCAGGGCCUCGCGCCGGGCGAGAUCGUCGAGCUGGUCGAGAAGGAGCGGCUCCGGCUCGGCGGGCCGCGCGACGAUCCGUUCGAGGGCCUGACGCCGGAGGAGAUCGAGAUGAUUCUAGAGGGCCGCGAGCCGACGUCCGUGGCGCUGCGCACGCUGUCGUACGACGACCUGGCGCACCCGAUGUACGCCAUGGUGGGCUCGAACACGCCGCGGCGCAAGGGGCCGAAGGAGCCCGGCCCGGUCGCGCGGUUCUUCCGGCGGAUGCUCGGCGGCGAGGAGAAGAAGAAGGAGGGCGCGGAUGGCGGGAGUGCGGGGGACGGUGCGGCGGGCGCAGAGGGUGCGCCUGCGACCACCCCCGCACAGGACCAGGGGUAG